UAGCAGGACCUCCGAGGAAAGGAACCGGAGAGUGAACCGGGCUGUUGUAGUAUUUCUCCGGUCCGUUUUCUGUCACUUUGUGGUUUUUGACAGUUUGUUCAUCUCUUCGCUUUGUUUUUGACCGAGUAAACAUCGCGCCGACGGACCAAAAUAAAAAAUGGAGAUAGAGAAGGAAGUAAAGAAGAUGGCCCUCGGACACGAGUUCGGAGCCGGAGCGGCCUGUUUGAAGUGCAAGGACAAGUGUGAAGGCUUCGAGCUUCAUUUCUGGAGAAAAAUCUGCCGAAACUGUAAAUGUGGCCUCACGGAGCACAACGUGCAGAUGAACUCGGAAGAGAACAAGAAGGUGGGCAAGCUGUUCGAGGACACCAAGUACACGGGCCUCAUCGCCAAGCUGAAGACCGACGGCAUCCCCAGCUACAAGGGCAACAUGGUGACCAUCACUCUGCCCAGCACCGGCACCGCCUACAUCGUGCCGCCGAGCGCUUCCUGCACUGUGGUGCCUCCGUCGGCCACCGCUGGUUCUGUGCAGCCUGCUGGCGCUGCUGCAGGCUGGGCCCAGUCUCAGGCUCAGGCCCAGGCUCAGGCCCAGUCUCAGGCCCAGGCUCAGGCCCAGGCUCAGGCCCAGUCUCAGGCCGUACCAGCCGGCCUCACACCUGUCAAGGUUAACAAAGUGCCGGUUGCUGUCGGCGCCACGUCAGCCAAUCUGGUGCCAGUCCCCAAAGAUGUGCCGAUGAAGUCUGUCACCUAUGAGUGGGCGCCACCGGUAGCCAAUAAGUAUCUGGCGGUGCGAUACAUCGAGCUGCUCCCACCAGAGAAGCGCCCGGUGGCCGGGACAGAGGGAGCCGUUUACCGCCGGCAGCAGAUGGCCCGCCAGCUGCCCGAGCACGACCAGGACCCGUCCAUGUGCCACGAGCUGAGCCCCGCCGAGGUCAAGCAGAUGCAGCAGUUCGUCCGCAAGUACAAGGAUGAGGCCCUGGGGGUCGGAGACGUCAUGCUGCCUGAGGAGAUGGCUCAGGCUGGAGGGCAGGGAGGAGCCGGGGCUGGAGGUGUACCUGGUGCCGGAGGGGCUGGGUUUGGACCGGGAGCUGGGGGUGCCGUGGCUGGAGCAGGUGCUGGUUCCGGCCCAGGGGCUGCAGGCGCUGGUUUUGGGCCUAUGGCUGGGGCCGGAGGUGGUGCUGGCUUCGGACCCGGAGCAGGUAGAGGGGCCGGAGCCGGUGGUGCUGGACCACUUUCGGGGCCUGGGACCGGACCGUCUGCUGGCUUGGGGCCAGCUGGAGGAGCCAUGGGUACCACUGCCACUGCUGGAGCCAUCGGCGUCCCUGGAGCGCAGCAGGCUGGACUACCACAGCGGGCCUUUUCAUGCCAUCACUGCCAGCAGCCGAUGCGUCUGGGCGAGCCAGCCGUCUACGCCGAGCGGGCCGGCUACGACAAGAUGUGGCACCCGGCGUGCUUCGUGUGCUGCACCUGCAAGGAGCUGCUGGUGGACAUGAUCUACUUCUGGAAGAAAGGAAAGCUGUACUGUGGACGCCACUAUGGAGACAGCGAGAAGCCGCGCUGCGGAGGCUGCGAUGAGCUGAUCUUCAGUAAUGAGUACACUCAGGCUGAGGGCCAGAACUGGCAUCUGAAGCACUUCUGCUGUUUUGACUGCGACUGCAUCCUCGCCGGAGAGACGUAUGUGAUGGAGAACGACAAGCCGGUCUGCCAGCCGUGCUACAUGAAGAGCUACGCUGUGAAAUGCGCCGCCUGCCAGAACUCGGUGGAGCCCGAGGCCCAGAGGGUUUCCUAUGGAGAGUACCACUGGCACGCCGAGCCGCACUGCUUCAAGUGCUCUGGCUGCUCCAAGGGCCUGGUGGGCCAGCGCUUCAUGGCGGUGCAGGGCUUCCUGUUCUGCUCCGUGGAGUGCAAGAAGAAAACCGUGGCGUAAGAGGGGCCCAAGCAUCUCCCUACCGUCUCCUCGACAACCACUUGUAAAACCAGGAUGGGGUUCGGCUGAGACGAGGACCGGAGCGGGGAAAACACUGGUGCAGCUGCACAUGGGGAGGGAUGAUUUUGGUUGCGUUGACAUAGAGUGCCUGACAUCUCUAACACAGAGACGUACAACAAUAGAGUCCAUUUGGGUGCUCUUUUCUUUGUCCAUAACAGAACCAGAUCACAGUAUCGAUCAAUCCGUCGCAUCACUUUAUCUGCCUUAAAAUCAGUCCUCUUCCUUCAACAAGUACUUUAUUUGUCGCCUUUCUUGCACUGUGUUUUCUUACUGAUGAGAUUCAUUUUGUAUUGUCAGAUUUCUUUAUAUCAAAUUGGUGUCUUUAAUGGUAUUGGUGCUGUUCUUCUACUCUAGAACCCGCCGUUGAUUUAAUAUGACACCUUUUACUGAGACUCUCCUCUAUGCAGCAAUAUCAGGGUUGGGGUUGCUUUGCUUCCACUGCACUGCACUCCAGACCAAACUGAAUUUAAAUCAUAACUUCCUUAAUUUCAUUGAGAGAUUUUGAAGUAAAUGGCCAACACUCUGAUAAUACAUUCCGCUGCUGGAGUUGUUUUGUUGCACAUAAUCCAAUGAGGUGUAUAGUAGUAUUUUCAUAGUAUUUUAAGGCAAAAAACUGUCCAUGUGAAAACCGUCCAGUGUACACCAUCAGUUACCAGUUCAUGAGGUAUACCUGCAUGUGCAAACUAUUGCUUUACAAACAACAGAUCUGUAAUUAAGACAGUUAUAUUUCUAAUACUGUCAGUAUAUUAAUGUGGAUAAAGAACGUGCAUAAAGAUGUAGAUUAUUGCAAGGAUGUUGGAUUGCACUACAUCUAAUGAGCAGUUCUAAUCCAGUACAAUAAUACUGCCAAUGAAUCAGAAAAUGCUGUAGAAUUGAUCUUCACAAAAGAUUCAGCCUCUGUAUUAGAUUACAUUUGACUGUACAGGUGUUUGGAUCUCCAUUAGCCUCCACAAAGCAGUAUCUAAUAUUAGAUUAUAGAUUUAGAUAUUUAGAAAUAAAGUAUAAUUCUGUAUAAAUAAAAAGGGAAACGUUGAACAAGCCAAUCACGGAGUGCUGACAGUAGUUAUUGUUUUUCAUCCAAAGGGGUCCUGAUGGAUAUGAACACUGUCAGGUUGUUGUGUAGGAAUGAAGGCAUGGUACCCAGAGGACUUGAUGAAUUCAGGAAAAACACUGGAAACUGCUUCACAUGAAACCGUUUUGUGUCCCUGUUGUUUUUGUGCCGUGUACCUUCCAUUUCAUCCAAUAAACGGCACUUUAACAUCUU